GGUAGGCGAAGGGACUCCGAGGGGGGAGCCGACAGGGACCCGACGCAAGAGGAUGCGGGGAGCCUGAGCCGAAGGCAGGAUGGAGGCGGCCACGGGGACGGCGACCGCUGCGCCAGGAGGGCGCUCCAGCAGUCGGAAGACGGGAGCGGGGACACGUCCCGCCCCCAGACCCGCCUUCUAAGAGCGGAAGUACAGCCGGAAGUCAGCCAUAGAGUUGAGCCGCCAGAGCGACCCUGAAGGGAGGUGGCAGGAAAGACUCGGAACGGCUGCCGGAGGUGACGGAGCGGCGGCCCCGCCCGGCGAUCGGGAAGACGAAGCUUCAGGUAGCGGCCCGCAGAGUCUAACCGAGGGUACGACGCGGCAAGCUGCGGGAGCCCACAGUCUCUGGGCGGCCUCUUUAAGGGAGGGGGCGGAGCCACGCGGCAGGACCGGAGGCUCCAGACAUCCUGAGCCCAGGUCCCCCCAGCUCAGUGCAGCCAUGAGUGCCGAGGUGAAGGUGACAGGGCAGAACCAGGAGCAAUUUCUGCUCCUGGCCAAGUCGGCCAAGGGGGCAGCGCUGGCCACACUCAUCCACCAGGUGCUGGAGGCCCCUGGUGUCUACGUGUUUGGGGAACUGCUGGAUAUGCCUAAUGUUAGAGAGCUGGCUGAGAGCGACUUCGCUUCCACGUUCCGCCUGCUCACGGUGUUUGCUUACGGGACAUAUGCUGACUACUUAGCUGAAGCCCGGAAUCUUCCCCCACUCACAGAGGCUCAGAAGAAUAAGCUUCGACAUCUGUCAGUCGUCACCCUAGCUGCCAAAGUCAAGUGUAUCCCAUAUGCAGUGUUGCUGGAGGCCCUUGCCCUGCGGAAUGUGCGGCAGCUGGAAGACCUUGUCAUAGAGGCCGUGUAUGCCGACGUGUUACGUGGCUCCCUGGACCAGCGCAAUCAGCGGUUGGAGGUUGACUACAGCAUUGGACGGGACAUCCAGCGCCAGGACCUCAGUGCCAUUGCCCGAACCCUACAGGAGUGGUGUGUGGGCUGCGAGGUAGUGCUGUCAGGCAUUGAGGAGCAGGUGAGCCGUGCCAACCAGCACAAGGAGCAGCAGCUGGGCCUGAAGCAGCAGAUUGAGAGUGAGGUUGCCAACCUUAAAAAAACCAUUAAAGUUACAACAGCAGCAGCAGCCGCAGCCACAUCUCAGGACCCUGAGCAACACCUGACUGAACUGAGAGAACCAGCUGCUGGCACCAACCAGCGCCAGCCCAGCAAGAAAGCUUCAAAGGGCAAGGGGCUCCGAGGGAGCGCCAAGAUUUGGUCCAAGUCGAACUGAAGGGACUGUCGCUUUUUUCCUCUGGGGAUACGGGGUCCCAGCUGCCUGGCUGCCCCUUAGGAGUCCUCAGAGAGCCUUCCUGUGCCCCUGGCCAGCUGAUAAUUCUAGGUUCAUGACCUUUCAUCUCUCUUCUGUCCCCCACCCCCAAGCAUAGAUCACACCUUCUCUAGGGAGGAGGCAAGUACAAGUCAUGUUUUGUUGGUACUUUUUGUUUUAUGUGACUUUCUUACGUGUCCCAUUGUCCCCCUCCCCUUCCCUACCAUGCUCUCUCUCCUAUAUUUUUAAGAGACAGCACUGCCCUUGUUUAUUAUAUGUCAUUGAGUAGGUGGGGCUGCUGGUCUCCAGUAAACCCACAUGUGAUCCUUGUCCUACCACCCCACCCCUGCAUGACUAAUUCCCGAUUCCUACUCCCUACCCCCAGCCUAUUUGGGCAGCAUCUACAGAGCCGUAGGGCUCCCAUCUCUGUUCCCACCCUGAAAGUUCUGGGAGCUAGUCUGCCAUUCUAGGAGUCACUGGACACUUUCAUCCUCAAAUUUUGUCGUUUCUUUUCACCUCCCCUUGGGUCCUGGGAAUGCUGCUGCUUCAAUGACCCCAGAGCCUAAGAAGGGCAGCUGUUUCUCGAGAUGUUGAGAGAUAGUUCUUUCUUGGCCCUGGCUAUCUUAGAAAGCCUGAUGGCAAACCUGGAAGAAUUUAUACUUUCUUUUUGUGAGUUUUAUGGAGAAGGAAAGGGGAUAUAGAUUGUAUUAAAAAAGUAUACAUAUAUAUACUAUAUCUAUAUAUAACAACACAGAAAUAAAUCUAUGAGAAGUCUAUCUGUAA